UGACAUCAGUAUAUACUAGUUUGCUAGUAAACAAUUAUUUGCGCAGCUAGCCCACUAGUUAUGAUUUCUCAUAAGCGACAACGGCGAAAAUGUUCAAACGGACACUGGUAGAUGGUUAGUGAGGGACUCCAGGUUGACGACUAGACAACUGUCUGACCACAGCUUUCAUGUCCGCAAAACGGGCUUCUGUUCCGACCGGCGGUUCGGGUCUUCUCCGUGGAAGCCGAACGAAGUCCUACGGCAGUCUCGUCCGUUCCCCUUUGUCACCAGUGCGACAGGGACGAAUUGAACAUGACGUUCAACCCGGAGAGACGCUGCAAGGACUUGCGUUGAAGUAUGGCGUAUCAAUGGAACAAAUCAAAAGGGCUAACAGACUAUACACGAAUGACUCCAUAUUCCUGAAGAAAUCACUGUCGAUUCCUGUGCUGACAGACCCUGGUGCCUUUAACAAUGGGGUAGAAUCAUCCGAAGAGGGAGCAAGCCAGUCGCGUGGGAGUGAACAUGGAGGGGACCAGAGUCACAACAGUGACCAAGUCAAUAGAACAGAUGAGGGGCAUGCAAGUGGGGUGGAGGAGACAUCGGAGAUGUCACCAAUGGACUUCCUAAAAAGGAUAGAUAGUUUGAUCCACCAGUCGAAACAGGCAGCUGCUAAGAAGAUUAAAGAAGGAGAGAAGGGAUUUGCUGGUGUUGAACAGGCGUACCAAUGCAGAGCCUCAUCUAGUCAGGUUACAGAGUCCCGGAACUCCACCAGCUCUCCCAAGAUGCAUCAGAGGGCUAUGUUGGGGGCUGUCCCACUCACAAUCACCAAACACACUAAGAAAUUGAAAGACAGGGAGGAUGAGAUCUUUGAACUGUGAUGUCAUUGAUGCUGGCACGCCUCUUGGGCCAUUACAGCCAUGCCUGUUGACAUACUGAUUCAGCAUUGAUUUUACUUUACUUUGUUAUCAUACUUUACUGCUUGAUCCUGAAUUCUGUAAGUAUUACAGUAGGGGACUCCUUAGCAUUGUCACAUGGGACUCGACUUGAAUUCUUGGGCAUUGGUAAA